CAAAGCCAGCCCUUCCUCAGAUGCAUUAAUUUUCGCAAUGCUGUUCACCAAAUACCUGGUCCUGUUCUCCAUUGUAUACAAAGCCCAGAACUAUCAGUUCCUAUUUGUGGAUGUUGGGGAAAAAGCAACAAUUGUGUGCAAUUUUUCAAAAAACAUUACCGACAAUGUACGCACCUUUCUUUGGUAUAAAAGAGGAGAGAAUAAGCUAAUACCUUUAACUGACAGUUGUGAGUUUGGUGAAACCAAUGUGAAAUUUAACUGCAAGACUGAAGCCCAAGAGUUGACACUAGAAAUCUUCAACACGAAAGUGGAGGACACUGGCUUAUAUCUGUGUGCGGACAAAUCCCAAAGUUACUUUUCCUUAAACUUUGCCAAUGCAUUCUCUUUGAUUGUGGGGGACAGUUAUACCUCAAGUAGCUGGAUGAUGAUUUUACAACCUCCCGCACAAGAUCCACCUUUCCAGUCAAUGCAGAGUGGCAGCCAUCUGGCUUGUGUGGUCCAUGGAGUUUUCAACUGGGUCCAGAUAUCCUGGAAUACCUCUCAAGUUCUCCAAGACAGACGAACUCUUUUAAUGAAAAACCACAGUGGCUCCUUAACAUUUGUCAGCGUCCUUUAUAUCCCUGAGAAUUCUGCCAUCAAAGGGGAGGAAUUCAUCUGCAAAGUCAAAUUCAAUUCAUCUGGCACCCCCAUGAAUCUGAGCACCACAUUGUAUGCAGAAACAAGGACUUUCCACAGAAAUGAUUGUCGACAUUACACAAUACCUUUGGCAGUCAUAGGAAUACUGGCAUUUCUGCUGCUUAUCCUGUUCUGGCUUUGGAUUCAAUGCUGUCCUUCUAGGCUUGGAUUCCAACGCAAUGACUCAAUGCCACCAGCUUUAGAGACAUCACAGGAGGACAUUUGCUAUGCUCAACUGGCGUUUCUUUCAAAUAAUGAGGAUGGGAAGAAGAUGAGACAAACAUCUCAACAAGCAGAUGCAAAGAUCUGAGCAGCCUGUGAAAACCAAUAAGCAGAAACCUGGAUGGAAAAUAUAAUUAUGUCUUUGGAGGCUGGGAUUAGGAGCCCAGAUCUGGGAUUUUGACAGAAUGUGGUUCUAAGCCUUGAUUUUUUCCCCCUUCUACAAUGUAAAUAGUUCCCUACAUCACCCAAUUGUCAUGUAAAGGAAAAUGAGUAUUAAUAUAUUUUUGUAAUAAAGGAAUAUUUCAACAUGAGUCACUGGUUUUCUCACCCCCUUUUUUGGCAAAUGGGGAAGAGUUCUGUAAAUUACCUGAUGAAAAGGCCUUGAGAAAUUGAAAGCUUGCACUCUUUUGUGAUUUUGAGGCAACUUAAUAAAGGUACAGUACUAUA